ACAGGCCAUGGGAGCCAGCAGAAGCCAUAUGGGCUCACACUGGUUACCAGGCAUUGCUUUGCAGCGUUUAGUCUAGCAUGAGACAGCCAAGGGUGAGCACCCAAGUUUUCUUUCAUUAACGGUGCUGAAAGGGACCAAGAACUCCUGGGAGACCAUCAGCCCAGAGAAAGUGUACCACCAUGUAUAAGAGCAGCUACCGGCGCGAGGUGCGCAAGGAAAAGUAUGAGCGCUCCGACGUCUUUGAUGUUGACACCAGGGACCCUGAAUCCUCUGCCGGCAUCUCAGCCAUCCAGGGCUGGGAGAGCCUGCAGGAGCUCAACAGUCGCUUUGCCCGAUACAUCAACCGGGCCAGAGUCCUGGAGCAGCGGAACGCCGUGUUUCGUAAACAGCUGGAGACACUGCAACGGAUGGAAGAGGCCAGUGGCCUGGAGGAAACCUUUACAGAGCAGAUUGGUAUCAACAGGCAACGCAUCAGGGAGCUGUGCUCUGACCGAGCCAAACUCGAGCGAGAGCUGAAGGAAUCCUGCCGGAUGCUGGAUGAGUUUACCAACAAAUAUAAAAAUGAGUGUGAUCAACAAGAGCAGCUGCGGAGCACUCUGGAAAAUUUAAAUAAGGAGGCUGACACUGCUCUGCUAAGAAAUCUGGAGUAUCAGAUCCAGUCUCAGUUUCUGCAAGAUGACAUAAAUUCCACCAGAGACAGACACAAGAAGAACCUUGCAGAGAUCCAAACUUAUGUAAACAUUUUGCAGCAAAUAAACCAGACACUCCCUCUUGGUCCUAAUGUGUCAGUUGGCAUCUCUGAGGAGCAGGAGAAACUGUUGGCCCAGAAGAAACUACCAGGGCUCCAGAGUCAGCUGGAGGAAUACAAGAGCACCCUCUGCCAGCUGCAGGCUCAAAAGCAACGCCUGCAGAAUGAGACUUCACUGCUGGAACAAGCUAUAAAACAGACUCAGGAUAGCUACGACAACGAGAUCCAGGCAUACAACGAGAACAUUGAUUCACUGCGAAAAGCAAUCGAGGAAGCUGAGAAGUCGCUGGAAAAGUUCACAUGUGAAUGUCGCCAUUUGGCCAUGUACCAGACAUCUCUUGAGAACGAGCUGGAACGGUACAAGAGGAUCAUCGAGAACGAAGAUAACAGGCUGAAUUCUGCAAUAAUUGGCACUCCCAUUACCCUGUUUACUGCUAAUUACCGCUACACUCACACACCCAGUGCAUCAAGCAGGGGGAGAGAUAUCACCCAGGCUAUACAAGAUAUUACAAAUAUCAAGCCCAGACAGAAGGUGUUGGCCAAAAAGGUCCUGAAGAAGAAAGAGCUGACCCCAAAGGAUGUAAUGGAUAGUGUCCAGGAGGAAAAAAUCGGUGCGCCCACCAAUGGAGAUGAAGAAACAAAGACAACCCAGUGUGAGGAAGUGCAUGAAGAACAGGAGGUGAAAAGUAAAGAGCAGGGACCCCCUCUCACUGGAGUUCCUUCACAAGAUGUUCCAGAUGGAGCUCAGAUCAGCAAAGCCUUUGACACUCUUUGUAACAUUGUCAGAGACAGAAUGCGGAGGUACAAGAGGCCAGAGCCGAUUGCUGAUUUCUAUACGAAAGGUCGCUAUGUCCUAGUUACCGGUGAUGGCAGCUACCUGGAUCCAUGCUUCUACACAUCUACGCCAUCAGCUGGACGCAUCUUUGUUACCAUCAGAAAUGGAAUGAUAUCUCCCUAUGAGCCUUAUGGUCGCAGAACACCCUCUCCUCCACCCCCGCAGCCUAUUGUGGACCCCAGGCCUCCACCCGUGGUGGACCCCAGGCCCCUCAGUCCCACCAGGCCAGUUCAUCCUGGAGAUGGAAAGGAUGAUAACAAAGGUGGAAGAGGUAGAGAUAGUGGAGGAAAAGGUAAACACAACAAUGGAGACCCUUCUUCCAAAGGCACUAGCCCUGUACUUCCACCUCUGGACCCAAGCUCCCAUGAUCCCACUCCUGAUGCCAAUAAGUCCAAGAAAAGGAAGGGCGACAACGGCCCCAGUGGGCCUACUCCAAAGCCGGCACCUCGUGGUGCCAGCACCAGCUCUAGUUCAUCUUCAAGCUCCAGUUCAAGCAGCUUCACCCCAGACUCCAUGAGCUAUGAGAAGGUUGAGGUGGUGGAGUCUGUGGAGAAGUUCUCCAAUGGUCGCAGAGUAAAGGGAUAUGAGGAAACCUCCAUGGUGGUGGAGACCAUGAUUGAAAAGUCUACCAAGAAGAAACAUUGA